GCGGGGGCGGGGUUCUGUGUGGCUAAGGCCGGGGCCUUGGAAGUAGGCCGGAAGCAGCCGCGGCCGCAGCUCUGGAGACAUGGCGGGCAUUAAAGCUCUUGUGGCAUUAUCCUUCAGUGGAGCUAUUGGGCUGACUUUUCUUAUGCUGGGAUGUGCCUUAGAGGAUUAUGGCGUGUACUGGCCCUUGUUCGUCCUGAUAUUUCACGCCAUCUCCCCCAUCCCCCACUUUAUUGCCAAAAGAGCAACAUAUGACUCUGAUGCAACAAGUAGUGCCUGUCGGGAACUGGCGUAUUUCUUCACUACUGGAAUUGUUGUUUCUGCCUUUGGAUUUCCUGUUAUUCUUGCUCGUGUGGCUGUGAUCAAAUGGGGAGCUUGUGGCCUUGUGCUGGCAGGCAAUGCAGUCAUUUUCCUUACGAUUCAAGGCUUUUUCCUUGUAUUUGGAAGAGGAGAUGAUUUUAGCUGGGAGCAGUGGUAGCACUUUUUCUGAUACAAUGCACUGAAUUUCUUAGAAUUCAUACUCUAUGUAUAUGUCUACACAUGUGGCAUCUUACUAUGAAAUUUAAUAUGCUGUUUUCUGAUACUUUAUAUCAUCUCUGAAAGGAGUGGCUGUUUUCACAGAGCAGGGAGGGACAGAGUAACCAGAGAGGGUGCUGGUGAAGUGCAGGGGAGAGAGGAGGAGCUGGAACCUGUCCCUGCGUCUAGCCGAAGAGGAAAGAAUAGAUACGUAAUAUUUUGUGAUUUCCCUGUAUAAUCCAGCACUUUUCCCUAGCUCCCUGCCUGUACCACCCCACCCCCAUUCCCCACAAGUUCUGAUGUACUCUUCUUAAUGACUCUGGCUUCUCCUUCCUAUGGAGACACGGGAGCCACGUAAGCAAGCAGAGGGUGAACUGCUUCAUUUUUUCUACAUGUUCCUGUACUCAUUGUCUUUCAAGUCCUGUAGGACUUUAAUUUUUUAUAACUUUAUGCCACCUUUAAAUGAAUCAUUGGGAAUACAUUUCGUGUUGAACCCUGUAAUCACAGUUUUUCUUGUCAACUAAUUUUUUGUCCAAGACCUAUUGAGGAAAGAAAAUAUGGGAAUUAGAACAACAUGAUCAAAACAAUCAGUGAUUUUUAAACAUAGUCAAUGUAUGACAACUGAUGUACAUGCAAAACACUUAAACCUUGAGGUUGCAGUCUGAGUAAUUAUUUAGCUCAGCCUUCAUAUUCUGGUAUGAUGCUGGGGCUAGGAAAAGAUAAAUGUAAUACUUAAAAGGUAACAUGUAAAGUUAUUUUUUUGUCCUCCUGCAUGAUUGUAUGUUUUUAGUGUCCUGUGUAUGUAUAGAAUUGUUUUUGUUAUUUCCAGUAUUUAUAGUAGAAAAAUAAUAUACUUUAUGAUUUUUAACCUUCAUUUUUAAUAACACUGACAUUUAUUGUAUUGUAAUAAAUUUCACUUUUAACACAGAUGAAAGGUUUAAUUUUAGAAGUCUUUAUUCUGAUGUAUUCUUGCUUAAAAAAAUAACAAUGAGAAUUUCUUGGUAUUUUGAAAUGGGCAGUUUUGAGCAAUAUUCCGUCCUGCAACAGAAUAAUAGCAAUUAACUUUCAAGAUAGCAUUUUGAAUGUCUGUAUUGGCUUGUAAUGGCUUUUCCCUGCCCUAAGAUGGCAACAGUGAUUAAUUUAUAUUACCUUUUGUAAAAGUGUCCUUGUUGCUUAUACAUAUUUCGAAUAGCCAAGGUAGCCUUAAUGUAUAGCCUUAAAGCAAUAUCUCUUGUUGAGUUUGCAGAAUGAUACAAAGUCCUUGCAUAUAAAAUAUUUGUAGCUAUUCCCUAGUAAUGGAAUUGCUUAUUGAAGUGAUAGAUUAUUGGAUAUGCUGUGUGUCUGCAAAGAGACAUUUAUUCAGCAGUGUCUAAGUAUCAUUUAAGUAAUAAAUGCCGGUAGGAAAGUACUGCUAUAUUUUCAUCUUGGUGACAUAAAUGUUAGGCGCUUUUUUUUUUUUUUAUGGUUCAUUUUUACUAUAUAUCUUAGAAUAUAUUCUGGAGAUUCAAAGCAUAUUGAUUACAUUGUAAAACUUAAAGAAUCACUUAAAGAAUUGCGCCCAGGUAGAUAAUCUCCACUUUAUGAAGGGAUUGUCUGUCAUGUUUUCAGACCACUGGCAGACUUUGAAACACUUUUUCCCACAGAAACACUAUUGUGAGUUGGCGAAUGAGUUCCCAGGCAGCUUCUAGAGCAGGCUAAACCCUCAUGUAGCUGACCUAUACUGCUCAAGAUACCUGCCUGAGUUUUGGGUCGUGGGAACAAGGUAGUGUGAACAUUUUGGAGAUAGAAGAAAGCAAGUUUCCACUUCUUUUCCUAAGAACAAGGUCUUUGAUGCCUUUGCACUUCAAUUUUUGCAUCCCCUUCCACUUUCUAAGGAAUGGUUUCUAAGGUUGGUGCAAACAGUUAACCAUGUGGCUGCUAACCAAAAGGUUGGAGGUUCGUGUCCACCCAGAGGAACCUCAGAAGAAAGUCCUGGCAAUCUACUUCCAAAAAAUCAUCCAUUGUAAACCCUAUGGAAAAGAGUUCUGCUCUGAUACACAUGGGGUCGUCAUGAGUCAGAAUCGACUCCAUGGCAACUGGUCCACUUCCUAAUGCCCUAGUUCAUGUGUCCUUGGGGUCUGUGUACACUCCUGCAAGUUUUGCUCUCCUCCUUUUCCAGCUGAGGCCUCCCUCCUAGCCUGCCUCACCGACAGGUUUUUCAUAUUCUGAAUUUUUUCUACUCCCACCAGUCAGUUUUUCUUAGUACAGCUGAUAUGGUGUUAAGAAGAAAGUAAUCUUAUUAAACUCCUUCCCAGGAAAGAAUGAAUGACUUGUGAUCAUCUUACCCACAUCUGAAACUUUUUAUUGACCACCUGCCGUGUGCAGUUAGCAUAGAGUGCUACAGCUGCAUUUUUAUGAGAAUGCGUCAACUCAGAUGACUCUCUCAUUCAUAGAAGUACGGCAGUGUUUCAAAGUGAAGUGAAAAAACAUUCCAUUCGUUUAUAGAAGGAAGUUAACAUGUUGGGAUCACAUCUCAACUUCCUCAGGGUGAGUUCUAAGCUGGUCCUGUUUUUUCACAGUUGUUUCUUUUCUUCCGUUUAUGAACUUACAGACUUUUCUUACAAUCCUUAGAACAUUUUUACCCCUGAGAUACCUCCGUGAUGAAGACUCUUCUAUGGGCUGAAAUGUUUCAUUAUGUUAAUCACUUUCCUUAUGCUCUCAGGGGAAUGCUCAGGAGAUGGUAUAAAAAUGUGCCUUUUCAAAGAUGGCAAAAUUCUGAUUUUAUACCAUAUUAUAAUCAAAAUGUUCAUGAGGACACUAGCAUUUUUUGAGCAUUGUAAUUAAUUCACAACUGGGAAAUAUUUCUGUAGUUGAAUAUAAGUUAUAUGUUUUAAUUCUCCUUUUCCCAUUCUGCCUCAUGAAGUACAUUAUUUUCAAAAAUCCAAGUGUAUAUAGCUCAUAGUUUAUGAAUUAGAGUCUGUGUGUGGGUGUGUACUUUCUAAUGACCAUGCUGCUGGAGUAGAGCAGUGAUAACGUGUAACUCCAAACCUGAUAAGAAAGACCCCCAAGAUUGCUUUAGAGUGCAUUAUGUAUGUGUGACGAGGAUGAUGACUUUCUAAUAAAACUUGUCAUUUAUGGUUUAACAAAGGUUUGUAUGUACAUUAUUAAACUGAAAACAUAUGUAUUUUAUUUUGGAAUGCGUUAUAUUAGAAAGGAA